GUAGAACCGGUGAUGAGCGAGAGCAAAGUUGUGUGUGUUUUUAUGGGAGAGAGAGACAGUGAGAAUCGAAAGGGAAAGAGAGAGAGAGAGAGAGGCUAAGUGUGUGUGUUUACGGGAGAGAGAGACGGUGAGAAUAGAGAGGGAAAGAGAGGCUGUGAGAAGAGAGAGGGUAAGAGAGGCUGUGAGAAGAGAGAGAGAGAGGCUGUGUGUGGGACCAGGAGGAGAGAACUGAAGUCACAGCUAUAUUCACUGACAGAGUUCCCCGCGGGGCCACCCUGUCCUGUAACCAAUGGCAACGUCGGUCCAAACCCUUCCUCUGACCCGCAACCCCAGCAAGACAUUCCGUGAUCCCAUCUCGACCCCUAACCGGCCCACAGCCCUAUUGGACCAGUUCAGUAUGGGUAGUGUAGGCAGCCUAGUGGAGCGACCAGACGCAUCCCCAGCUAAAGGCCGGGCCGUGCCCCAGGUGGGACCCAGGCAGACCAACAGGUUAUUAAAGAAAGGCUUCAACCAGAGAGAGUUGCUCAACUACCUCAACAUCACCAGGAAAGAGGCCAAAGCGGGUAGCGGCCCAGGCAGCAGUAGGAAGGACAUCUUCUCCAGCAUGCAGUCCAUGAAGAGAGAGCAUGGACAUGAGGAGGAACGCAUCAAGUUCUACCACAAAGACAGAACUGAGGUGGACGUGUCAAAGAACUCACUGCCCAUUAGAGGGAAAUAUGAGAAGUCUCGUCUCAGGCCGUCUGCCUUCAAGCCUGUCACACCCAAGAACUUCAGUUCCAUGCAGAACCUCUACCCUGCCAAGAUAGAGGACUCAGACCAGGGCCUGUCCAACGGGCUCCACCGGGCCUACGUCUCCAGCUCCUCUUCCUCCUCCUCACCCUCCCGCCAUGGUGGACCCACCUCCAGCGGAAACAAGGUGGUGGCAUCAGUGCGUGGGAUGAGUCAGGAGGAUGAGAACCUGUCAGACUCUGGUCAUAACUCCAUGAACAGUCUUCCUCCAUACAGACCUCCCUUCAGACCACAGCUGGCUCACAUCAGGUCAACUCCUGUUUCUCUCUGUGUCUGUCUGUCUCUCUCUGUCUGUCUCUCUCUCUGUCUGUCUGUCUCUCUAUGUGUCUGUGUGCCUUUCUCUCUGUGUCUGUGUGUCUCUCUAUGUGUCUGUGUGCCUUUCUCUAUGUGUCUGUGUGUUUCUCUAUGUGUCUGUAGUUUUCUUUGUAGAUCAGUAAUGAUGAAGAGGAGGAGGAUAGAUAUGACCAUGAUAAUGAUGAAGAUGUAUGUUACCACCCUCAGUGCCUCCAUGAGCCACAUCAACACCAUUGGCUCUCUGGACCGAGCAUCAAAGGUUGCGGGGUCGUCAGGGGUUGCUAUGGCGGAGAUGGCCAUGUCGUGUCGUAGCAUGGCAACGCUCAGCCGCCUGACGCCAUACGGAGGGGAGGCUCCGCCCCCUUACGAACUGUCGUUUUCCGUAGAGGAGGUGGUGCGUGAUCUGGAGGAGAGGCUGGCGGAGAAGGAACACGAGCUGAAACAGAUGAGGAGGAACCUGGAUGAGAGUGAAGGAGCCAUUGCACAGGUGUUUGAAGGUAAACAGCGUCUGUGGGAGAAGGAGUUGGAGGAGUUGAAGCAUCUGUACGCCGCCAAGCUGCGUCAGGUUUCCCAGCAUGCCCAGCAUUCCCAGCAUGCACUGCAGCUGCAGCUGCACAAGGCCCAGCAGGAGAAGAACAGACUGCAGGACGAACUGGACGCUCUGGGCGGGGGGAGUCAGAGAGAGGGUCAGGGGAGUCUGAAGGGAACCAGUCCUACACUGGAGGAGACUCAGUGGCAGGUGUGUCAGAAGUCGGGUGAGAUCUCGUUGUUGAAGCAGCAGCUGCGUGACUCCCAGGCGGAGGUGACCAGCAAGCUGUCAGAGCUGUUCCAGCUGAAGACCCAGCUGAGAGAGACCAGAGGAGAGCUGCAGAGACGUGAUGGACAGAUAGACACGCUGCAGACAGCCCUACAGGGGGCGCAACUUCGACAACUGGAGAAAGGUGGAGCAGAGGAGAGUGGAACACUAGAGUCUCGAGGAUCAGGAGGGGCAUCAGGCCCUACAGAGGAGCGCCUGCGAGCAGAGCUGUUGUUAGAGCGUCGUCAGAGCGAGGCCCAGGCUACAGUCUUCGAGCAGGAGAGACAGACGUGGCAGACAGAGAAGGAGAAAGUGAUCUGCUACCAGAGAGAGCUGCAGGCCAGCUACCUGGACAUGUACCACCACAACCAACUACUGGAGAGAGAACUAUACCAGCUCAGAGGAGAAGGAGGAGGAGGAACACUGGAGAGAGAACUAUACCUGCUCAGAGGAAGAGGAGAAGGAGGGACACUGGAGAGGGAACAGCAUGAUGUGAGGGGAGGAAGAGAAGGAGGAGGGCGAGAGAUGGGAGACUACAGUAAUGAGUCACUGGAGAGGGAAGUGCAGGAGGUGAGGAGAGGAAGAGGAGGAGGAGAAAGAGGAGAGGAAGACAGCAUACCUCCUCCUGGUCUUCCUUGGAUAGAGAGGAUAGAGUCGUCUGAGAUUUGACUGAGUGGACACUAGAUGGGGGGCCCAUUCCAAACCAAACACUCUUCCUAUCUCCUUGAUGAAUACUCAGGCUUCUUACAGAUGUUAAAGGACAGGAGGGCCCCAUUCCAAACCAAAUCCUGACCCCUUAUCUUUAUGUCCUUGUGGAGGGCCCAGUUCCAAUUCCAAAACAAUGCUGCACUCCUAUACCUGUGUGAACUAGACUGAAUAGUGUGCAUAUAUAAUCAGCAAUACAAUGAUACCCUCUCUGGUACUGUUUUUUGGAAGUUCCACUUCCUACUUCCUGUUUCAAUCCACCAAUCAAUGACAACUUCCUGUUUCAGUCCACCAAUCAAUUACAGCGUAUUAGAGUCGAGAACACUGUACAAUCCUUCAAGCACGACACCGACCAAACCUCACUUUAGAGGGCUGCUUGUAUGUACAAAGGAUGAUAAUAAUAAUAAUAACCUAUUUGUAAAUGUUACUUAUUCAAAUGUUGUUCUGUGUGUAUAUAAUCAAACCAGUGUGUUUGAUAGUUCCGAUCCUCACAGCCGUUCUGUGGGCUAGUUGAAGUUGACUGGGGGGAAGUAAGGGUAGGAAUGCGUCCCAAAUGGCACCCUAUACCCUGUAUAGUGCACUAAUUUUGACCAGGACCAAUGGGGCUCUUGUCAAAAGUAGUGCACUACAUAGGGAAUAGGAAGCCGUUUCAGAUGCAACCUAGGACGUUGUCCAAAGGAUCUAAAGAAAUGUGGGUUUUGUCCCGGUGUGGUGAGGUACGGUCAUUGUCACUGGAUAAUAAGUCUGUAGUGUGUUUUAUUUAUUUUAUUUUUUUACCGUUAUUUUACCAGGUAAGUUGACUGAGAACACGUUCUCAUUUGCAGCAACGACCUGGGGAGUAGUUACAGGGGAGAGGAGGGGGAUGAAUGAGCCAAUUGUAAACUGGGGAUUAUUAGGUGACCAUGAUGGUUUGAGGGCCAGAUUGGGAAUUUAGCCAGGACACCGGGGUUAACACCCCUACUCUUACGAUAAGUGCCAUGGGAUCUUUAAUGACCUCAGAGAGUCAGGACACCCGUUUAACAUCCCAUCCGAAAGACGGCACCCUACACAGGGCAGUGUCCUGGGGCAUUGGGAUAUUUUUUUUUUUAGACCAGAGGAAAGAGUGCCUCCUACUGGCCCUCCAACACCACUUCCAGCAGCAUCUGGUCUCCCAUCCAGGGACCGACCAGGACCAACCCUGCUUAGCUUCAGAAGCAAGCCAGCACUGGUAUGCAGUGUGUAGAGUAAGCCUAAUGUAAAUGAAAUUAAAAGUUCAUUCAGGGAGCUUCCAGGGAGCUGAGCUCAGAGGAGAAACAUAACAUCACUAGACCAUCAGAGGCCAACAUCAGAGGCCAACACACGGAAGCUGUUGCUCUGCCAUUAACAACACAUUUUGUUGUUGUAAAAUUACCCUCGAAGAAACCUGUAAUACUGUAACAAUACUGUAUUCAGGACAUUUUAUGGAAUUUAUAUUUAUUGUCAUGUGAUUCUAUUUUCUGUCCCCAAAUCACUAUAUCGUAAGCUGUAUAUAGUUGUUAGUUAGAUAUACUAAUGCUGCAGAAGCAUGUACUGUUUGAGGAAAUAGCCUGAAUAGACUGAAUAGCCAAAUACAGCCUAAUAUUACACCUCUGGCCAUUAUUCUGCAUCCCAAUGGACUAAUUACUGAUCAUCUAUCGUUGCUGUCGGAGAAAAAAAUUAUUAUCUCCUAAAUUGAUGCUUUUCAGCAAAUGGAAGAAAAUUGCCAUAUUUUCCCAUUAACAAACAUACAAUUACAUAACUUUUCUCAAGUUAUUUUGAAUACAUUAUCUUGGUCCUAGAUUGAUUAAAUAUUCAGAGUUCAUUGACGGGAGUUACUGCUUUCAAUACAACAACAAAAAACCAUCCCACAGUGACGCUUGUUUAGGGAAAAAUAAAUACUGUACUAUACUGUGACUUGUGUUAAACCACUGGAGUUAAAUAAAUAUAUAAACAUUA